AUGGCCCUGCUCCCGCGGCGCUUCCUCUGCUUCGUCCUGGGUAAGAGGAAUUAAUUAUUCCGGGCCGCUUGGCCUCAGCAGCAGUGAGGUGAUGAUGCUGUGGGACACAGCCUGCUCUGUGAGGGAAUCCCUGCUUGCUAGGCCCAGCACUUCAUCGCGGCCACGGCGUGCCAGGAGGCCGACUACGGCUGGAUGAUCCAGCACUACUGCCUCAAGCAGUUCCAGCUCAGCAUGGAGGGCAUUGGCCAGCGCCUCUGGUGUGACUGGGACGAGACCGUGGGCACCUACGGGGAGCUGACCAACUGCACGGCGCUCAUCGCCGAGAGGCUCGACUGCUACUGGCCCAACCGGCUGGUGGACGAGUUCUUCGUGGCCGUGCACAAGCAAUACUUCAGGAACUGCUCCCCGUCGGGCCGGGCUCUGCACGACCCCCCGAACGGCGUCCUGUGUCCCUUCAUCGUGCUGCCCGUGCUGGUGACCCUGCUGAUGACAGCGCUCGUGGUGUGGAGGAGCAAACGCAGCGAGGGCAUCGUGUAGGGACGGCGCGGGGGACGCAGGGCUCCGGGUACCAAGCGCCGGAGGCAGGGACAGCAUGGUUCCUUUCCAGAUGAACCACUGAAGCGAUGGGUGCAGGGCAGGACGGCCUGCCCCGGGCUUUGGGGAGCGCCGCUCCCCCCGGCCAACUGUGCCAAGCAGGGACAUUUGAAAGGAAGAAAAAAAAAAAAAAACAAACAAAAAAACCCAGGAGGGUGUGGGGAGUUGAAAUUCUGCCAGCCCCGCAGUGCCAGCGCGGCAUCAACACACGUGAGAGCAGCGGGACUGGAACAUCCUCGGCUUCCUCUCUUUGUCAUCUUUUUGGGGUUCCCCCCACAUGUGGAAAGGCUCCCCCAGCACAAGG